GUUUCCGUCCUUUGUCUCAAUUUAAGCUGCGAGAACGAUGGUCAGAAAAAACGGUUUCGUAUAGCGUCGAUUCGCCAAUAUGGAAGCCAUCUCCCUUCGUGCAAGAGAAGCCAUCCACCUUCGUCGCCGUCAUGCGAAUCUGUCUCCGUCGGUGCUCAUGCCUCGCAGGCAUAGCUGUGUUCACCGACAAGAUUCCUUACACUCUGAUCUAUGUACGAUGAAUUCCUUUGAUCUUUUGCUAUGCAAGGAGGACUAUGUCUUCUUAUUCAAAUCAUGAUGCCUUGUCCAUACUUUCUGGUUCUAAGCAUCUUUGCUCUGACUCAAAAUGCCCAGUUCAAUUCCAUCAGAGACAGUGAAAGAGCACGCUUCCAUCUGGGAGGAUGCUCCCUUUCUCCAUGGCACGACUCGAUUUGAGCCCCAGUCUGGGAUCAGUAAUAUCAUGAUUACAGGUGGUGCUGGUUUCAUCGCCUCGUGGGUGGUGCGACACCUUACCAAAACCUAUCAAGGUCACUACAACAUCAUUUCAUUCGACAAGCUGGACUACUGUGCGACACUCAACAACACGGCACAGUUGGGUGAAGACAUGAAUUUCACCUUCCACAAGGGCGACAUAACGAAGCAUGAGGAUGUGAUGGACUGUCUGCGAAAGCACGACGUUGACACAGUCAUGCACUUUGCCGCACAGACUCACGUUGACUUGUCUUUUGGUAACUCAAACGACUUCACAAGUACCAAUGUUGUCGGCACGCAUGUUCUACUUGAGUGUGUCAAACUGUACGGAGUCAACAAAUUCAUUCAUGUCUCUACCGAUGAAGUAUAUGGAGAGGUCAAGGAUGACGGUAAGGAUCUUUUGGAAGAUGCACUUCUUCUGCCAACCAAUCCAUAUGCAGCAUCCAAGGCAGCUGCAGAAAUGUAUGUCGAAGCAUACCGCAAAAGCUUUAAUGUACCAGCGAUCGUCGUACGCAGCAACAAUGUCUACGGCCCGCAUCAGUUCCCGGAAAAAGUCAUUCCGAAGUUCUCCAUGCUUCUGCAACGGCACGAGAAGCUAUCCCUACAUGGCGACGGGACACACACGAGACGAUAUCUCUAUGCUGGAGACGCAGCCGAUGCUUUCGAUACCAUACUUCACAGAGGUCAAGUCGGCCAAGUCUAUAACGUCGGCUCUUCGGAUGAGAUAUCCAAUUUCACGCUUUGCUCUAUGUUACUGAGACAGUUUGGACAUCCCAAUGGAACAAAAGAAGAAGUCUACAAGCACGUGGUGCACUGUGAAGAUCGUCCAUUCAACGACCACAGAUACGCAGUCGAUGGAUCGAAACUCAAACAGCUUGGCUGGAAGCAAAAAACAACCUUCGAGGAAGGCCUUAGUAUCACAGUCGGAUGGUAUAGGAGGUAUGGUGACACAUGGUGGGGCGAUAUCUCGGACCGAUUGACACCCUUCCCGACUGUACCGACUGAGGGGCAGAUCGAUAUAGCAAGGGACACUGAGAUGACCGGCUCUCCUGUCAGAACCAAGAAGAGUGGCAAGCGAGGCUUUGACGAGAUUGCCGGAUCACCAGAUAUCAAGAAGCGGAGAGAGACUGACCAUCAUAUGGAUUCUGUGCUGGGUGCAGUCAAGGUCUAAACGUGAAGUAGUCGCUCCUUCGAAUAAUGACAACAUGAUUAAGACUCAACGUUUUUGUGCUUGAGAGCAGUAGUAUGA